AUGCAUUGGUUUGCUACCUCUUUGUUUUCUUUGGGCUUGGCCGUUUGUGCGUCGGCUCAGAAUUCCACCACCGUGCCUUAUGAACUAAAAACGCCUCCUCUCGAUACUCCCUGGACGGAGAAAGUUGGCACCGAACCCUGGCCAGAGUAUCCACGCCCGCAGUUGCAACGACCCAAAUGGCAGAAUCUGAAUGGUCUGUGGCAGUAUCGGAGAGCUGAGAAUGUGGAUGCUGUCGACAGCCCUCCUUUUGGGCAGGCCCUCUCUAAUGAGGUCCUGAUUCCUUCCUGCUUGGAGAGUGCUCUUUCUGGCAUCCAAGGUAAAGAUACCUUCUACUCCUGGUUCACCAGGAAGUUCACCGUGCCCGAGUCCUGGAGCAACGAGCAUGUGCUGCUACAUUUUGGUGCCGUUGAUUACGAAGCUACCGUCUUCGUCAAUGGCAAGCAGGCGGGUUUCCAUCGUGGUGGAUACUUCCAUUUCUCCGUCGACAUCACUGCCCAGGUCAAGUUUGACGGUGAGAAUGAACUCUUGGUAUUUGUGCACGAUCCCACCGACCAGGCAGGCCACGUCAUCCCUAUGGGCAAACAGACCCUCAACCCCUCGCACAUCUUCUACACCCCUUGCAGCGGGAUCUGGCAGAGUGUUUGGAUUGAGCCCGCGCCGGCAAAUCACAUUGUUCGGCUGGAUCUGGAGGCGAAUAUGGACGGUCAAGUCAACGUCACCGUACACAGUGCCACCGGCAACGGCACCGCCGUUAAGAUCGCCGUGCAUGAGGAUGACGGUGACCUGACCUUCCACGACGGCACCUCCGACAAACCGUUCCAAUUCGAGGUGGGCGAGGUCGACCUGUGGAGUCCGGACUCGCCGACUUUGUAUAACGUCACCGUGCGCAUGGGCAACGACGAGAUCACCAGCUACACGGGCUUCCGUACUAUCUCCAAGGGUAAGGUCGAUGGUGUCUGGCGGCCGCUUCUGAACGGUGAGUUCACGUUCAUGUUCGGCACUCUCGACCAGGGAUACUGGCCGGACGGACUGUACACUCCUCCGACCCGGGAGGCGAUGGUAUACGAUUUGAAGGUGUUGAAAGACCUCGGCUUCAAUAUGCUGCGGAAGCACAUCAAAAUUGAGUCCGACCUGUUCUACCGGGCGUGUGAUGAGAUUGGUAUCCUGGUGAUCCAGGACAUGCCCUCUCCCCGUCCUCUGCAGUCGAGCACCGACGCCGCCUGCCAGAGCGUCACUAUUCUUCCUUACGGGGCAGCUCAGCAGGAAUUUGCCCGGCAGUUAGACCUGAUGGUGAACCAAUUCAAGAGCCAUCCUAGCAUUGUCACAUGGGUCAUUUACAACGAGGGUUGGGGACAGCUCAUCGAGGGAUACCCUGAGUUUGCCCUCACCGAGCGAGUCAAGCAGUUGGAUCCAAGCCGCCUCGUCAUUGCCACCUCGGGCUGGAUUGAUCACGGUGCUGGCGAUUUCAGCGACAACCAUCACUAUGCCAACCCUCAAUGCGGAACCCCCUUCUAUUCCCUGCAGUCUCCCCCUUAUGAUCCCAGUCGUAUCGCCAUCCAGGGAGAGUUCGGCGGUAUCGGUCAUAACGUUUCUAUUGAGAACCUUUGGAACAACCAAAAAGCGAUCAAUGCCAUCAAUGAGACGUACGAGAUUGACGAGACGAUCGACGCGUGGAACUACCGCAGCCACAUUCUGCUAUCCGAAUUGCAGGAUCAAGUUCGCCGAUUCGACUGCAGUGGGGGCGUGUGGACGCAGACCACCGACGUCGAGGGCGAAGUCAACGGCCUGAUGACCUACGACCGCCGCCUCAAGCGUGUAGACGAGGAACAGUGGAAGGACGACAUUCAAGGGCUCUAUGAUGCCGCUGAGAACCGGAGAAACGCAUCCAUGACUGCGUAG